AGUCGAACGUAGCAUAUCAAAUUUCAGUAUAGAAUAUUCCUAGCACCGAUUUACAUUUCUUUAUUUAUGACUUUAGUUUAACAAAAUUUUGUGGAUCGAUAAAGUAAAUUUAUUGCUUAAUAAAUAAUUAUGGAUUUUCAAAUUGGAAUACCGCAUUCAAGAAUCUUUCAAAUAGCCGCAAUACACUUUGUGCUGAUGGUAAAUGCAAUGUUUACAUUGCGAACUAUUGCAGCUUAUGAAUUUUACAAUAUUCUGUUCUUCAUCUCAUUGUUUUGGUCAAUUAAGGAAAAGGAAGCAACGGAACCUGUUAAUGUUGCCUACGCCAUAAAUUUCGCAUCAAUAUUCUUCGACAUAGCUGUUUGCUUUGCAAUCGACACUAACAAUUGGGCACUAGCUUUCAUUCUUCUCAACAUGAUUUUUCGUGUGUUUUCACUAAAACAGAUUUACGAAGAAAUGAUAGCACGUGGUGGUGAACCAGCAAAUAUAGGAAUUGUAUGAGACUCACAGCAUCAAGUUACAAAAGAAUAUAAAGACGAAUAAUACUUAACUGUACAUAAAAGAAGCUUUAUUAUCUAAUUAUCGUAAAUUUAAAAUCACAUUCACAAUGGUUUAUUAUUUCGCUCGUU